AUGCGCUUCUCGAACCUCUACGUCGCAUUCACGGCCAUGGCUGCCUCAGUCUAUGGCCAACCUAAAGACUCCAGUCCUGACGAGCAACGCUGCAUCAAACUCCACAUGCCUCUCCCCUGGGUCGACUACGAAAAACAACUCGACCUCUUCUGCGACCACUCCACCGGCGCCUGGCACCAACAGAUCCCUGAAUGCAUUCAAGAAGAAUUCCCUUCUGAUCCCACAGCCGCAGUCGAGCAGUACAACACCUUCAACACUGCCCUCUGCACCGGCUGGGCAGGUCCCGAGACGCCCAUGACAACUGUACUCUCAGCCGACGGCAGCGCAACAACCUCCACAAUCUUCCCCACUCAAUCGCAGCAAAAAGAUAGAUAUCAGUCGCCGGAGUUUACGCCCAGGCAUUCUGUAUACACCAGUCAUGCCUGCUUGAAUGGGAAACAGGGGUGUCAUACGGCUACUAUUGGAAGAAAGACCUAUGUGGUCAAGACCAAGAGUAUGGGGUGGGAGUACGAGACCGGCUCGUACGAGGGCUAG